AUGGCAUUCGUUGCGGGAGGCAUUUCUACGCUCAGAAUCAGCGCGGCAAACCACGUCCGCCCGAAAGGCGCCAAGGAGAGUCGCAAAAACAGACCGGUGAAACACCGCCCCAGCGAUAAGAACCGAGCGCCGACCAAUUACCCGACCGUGGAUCCCGCCGCUGUGCCUCCGGUGUAUACCAUCGUCUCGGAAGCGCCGAAGAAGACCGAUUAA